GGCCAUAGCAGUCAUUAGAAUAAGGGAAAAUAUGGGGCCAGCUUUGUGGUAGAGCAAGUGAAAGCUGCCACCUGUAACGUCGUAAUUGUACAGAGCACUGGUUCAGGUCCCAGCUGCUCUACGUCCAUUCCUGCUAAUGCACCCUGGGAAAGCAGCAGCAGAUGGCCUAAGUGCCUCAGCCUCUACCACCCAUCUGGGAGACUGGGAUGGAAUUCUUGGCUCCUGGCUUCAGCCUGGCCCAGUCCCAGCCUUUGUGGUCAAUGAACCAGGGGACAGAAGUGCUUUCUCCCCCAACUAUUUAAAAUAAUCUAUAAAAGGGGGUGGGGGAGAGGGAGUUCAGCCUGAGCCUGCCUGUGAGAGCUGCUAACUAGCAGGAAGCCUCCUUAGAGGAUUCCAAAAUGACAGCAGGAGCACCAACUGCCAACCACACCUAUCACCAUUACCUCCUGAUGAAGAAAACAGCACUUUUCCUACUCAAAAGCUAGCUUUGGUUCCCAGCCUCCCAGGGCAGAAGCUUGGGUUGCCGCCAAUGCUGCGUUGGAGUCUGAGGUUGAGCCUGGGUCCUCGUUGUGGCCUGCAGAUGGGAGAGACCGACCUGGCCUCCUUCCCCCUCUCUUCAAAGUUCUGUCUGAUGGGCGAGGUGAGGCCCCUAGGCUGCAGCCAGACUCGAGAGCGUUGCAGUACAUGAAGAAGCUUUAUAAAGCUUACGCUACCAAGGAGGGGAUUCCUAAAGCCAACAGAAAUCACCUCUACAACACAGUUCGACUCUUCACACCCUGGGUCCAGCAGAAGCAGGCUCCAGGACGCCCGGAAACAGGAGUCCUGCCGCCCGCGGACCUGCUGUUUAACCUGGAUCGCGUUACUGCCGUGGAACACCUGAUCAAGUCGGUCCUGCUCUACACUCUCGACAGCUCCGUCUCUGUCUCCAGUGCUGUGCAGUGUGUGUGCAGCCUGGUGACGAAGGAAACGGGGACUUCCAGCGAGACGCAGCCAUCGACUCCACGCCCACUCACCUUGCAGUCACGGUUUGAAUUCAGGAAGAAACACAAGUGGGCUGAGAUUGACGUGACCCCACUCCUUGAGCCUCUCGUGGCCUCCAGUGAGAGCCACGUCCACCUGUCUGGAAACUGCACUUGCCUGAAAGACCAGCAGCAGCGUCCCGCUGCACAGGAGGGCCCCUUGAACCUAACUGUGCUAGCGUCCCCCUCCCUCAUCUUGUAUUUGAAUGACACCAGUGCGCAGGCCUAUCACGGGUGGUAUUCCCUACCCUACAGGAGGAGGCCUUCACGGGGUCUCCGGCAGCAAAGUCGGCCUGCCCCUGGGGCAGGAGAAGAGGCUGCGCAGGUGGGCAGAUCGUCCAGGCGUCAGAGAGGUCAGGACGCUGUCGGCUCUCAACUGAAGCAGCCCCUGGUUCCAGCUGCUUUAAAUCUGAGUGAAUACUUCAAACAGUUUGUCUUUCCCCAGGAUGAGUGUGAGCUCCAUGACUUUCGCCUUAGCUUCAGUCAGCUGAAAUGGGACAACUGGAUCGUGGCGCCACACAGGUACAACCCUCGAUACUGCAAGGGGGACUGUCCCAGGGCCGUCGGGCACCGGUAUGGCUCUCCGGUUCACACCGUGGUGCAGAACAUCAUCUACGAGAAGCUCGACUCCUCGGUGCCGAGGCCGUCGUGUGUACCUGCCAGAUACAGCCCCCUGAGCGUUUUGACCAUUGAGCCCGGUGGCUCCAUUGCCUACAAAGAGUAUGAAGAUAUGAUAGCUACAAAGUGCACCUGUCGUUAGCAUGUGCUGCUCGACUACAGCCAUGAGCCUGUUGGGCAGAGUGAGUGCUGGGGGCCUGUGCGAACCUUCUGGAGGAAGCUUCCUAGGUCACACCUGAGUUGGUGUGUUGUAUGAAGAGAGGCAUGUGCAAAUGAGCACAUGGUGUGGAAUCUUUGAGUGCAAAGGGAAUUGUUGCUAUUGGCCUAUUUCCACAUUGAAGUGAAACAUUAUUUGGGGGAGAUUUCUUUCUCACUGAGUUUUUUUUGUUUCAUAAAGAUCUUAUUUUUGAUAAAAAAUCUUAGAAUUAAUUUUGGGUGGAAUGGCAACUCUGCAUUGACAACCCUGAUUAUUGUAGUCUUACUUAAUGGAAGAAUAAAUUCAUUUCAAUGGCAUAGUUUUGUGUGUAUG